AUGGUCGGAGAAGCGUCGAGCAGCCGCCCAAAGAGGCAACAAGUACCUUCCAUUGCUCAAUCCGUAAUCCCAGAUGGUGGUGAAGAAGAUGCGGUGGAAGUGGAACGAUGGGGGACGUUGUUCGAGUUAGAUCUUCUCGACUGUCCCAUUUGUUGUGUCACACUCACGAACCUGCGUAUCUUUCAGUGUGACAAUGGACAUGUAGCGUGCCCUUCUUGCUGGAAAAAAUGCUUUGCUUGCACUUUGCCUAUUGGUAAGUAUCGAUGUAGAAGAAUGGAGAGAGUUGUUGAAGCAGUCAUUGUCUCAAACGUCAAACAUCGUUACACCGUGGUGGUUAAAAAGAAGAUCCAAUCCUUCGGUGGAGAAGCGUCGAGCAGCGGCCGAAGGAGGCAACGAGUUCUCUUAGUUUUUGAAGAAGAAUGUGAGACUGAUGGUGGAGGAGAUUUGGUGGUACGGCCUGGGAAGUUGUUCGAGCUCGAUCUUCUCGAUUGUCCUGUUUGCUGUGAUGCACUCACGGAUCAUAUCUUUCAGCAAUCAUUUUCCCUUGCCCAAACGCCAAACGGUUGUAACGAGACGAUCUCUUAUGGCAAAGAAUUAGCCCACAAGAAGAAAUGCAGCUUCGUUCUGUGCUACUGUCCUGCACUGAACUGCAACUACUCCAGCGUGUACAAGAAUCUCUACAGUCAUUACGCUGCUAAUCACAAGGACACUAACAAACGUUUCAGGUAUGGCUAUUCCCAUCAUGUAUACCUGGACAUUGAGACGAAGAUUUCGGUCCUUCAGGAAUAUGCGGAUGGUCCAUUAGUUGUGGUUCAGUGUUUCAAGGAACCACAAGGAAUGUAUUUUACUGUGAACUGUAUAGCACCUCCUUCUCCAGGAGUUGGAAAGUUUUCCUAUGAUAUAUCCUACUCGACGGCAGGUAACACUAUGACAUUUACAUCUUCGAAGAUGAAUAAAUUACAGGAAGUGAGCUUCCAAAUUCCGAAGAUGGACUUUAUGUUAGUUCCUGACUAUCUCUUCGAUCCGAGGUUUUUGUUGAAGCAUAUGCGUAUUUGCAUCCGCAGCCUAGAAGAAGAAGAAGAUGAAGAAGAA